AUGGCGUCGACCUCACUACCACCCCGAGCGGGUUCAUUGGAUCUAUCCAAGAAGCUAUCAGAGCUACGGUCAAGCAAUACUCGCCGAUCCCAACCCACAUCUUCCCGAGACCCAACCCCGAUCACCCCUCCUUUGCCUUCGCCGCCUAACCUGUCCACCCAUUCAUACUCCCACCCCGUUCGCCGCAUCCUAUCGCCAAAAGACCAUGAGCUCUUCCAAUCAUCCCCGACGUACAAGCUAGUACUUGCUUUUAUCUUCGGUCUAUCCGACUCUGUGCGUGGCCGGGCUAUCACAGACCUACAAAACAAGCCCGACUCCGAUCAUAUCUCCAAGAUCGCCUCAAUUGUAGGGCAGCUACAAUCGCUGCUAGAGAAGCACCCGGCACUUGACCAGGGUGGUUCACGGUUCGGCAACCCUGCAUUCAGAGCUUUCUUCGACGAUGUCGCUGCACAGAGCGCCUCAUGGCACACCGAGAUCCUGGGUCUGACGGACCCCGCGGCAAUCGACGAGGCAUCAACGUAUCUCGUCCAGUCAUUGGGUUCGCGGGACCGACUAGAUUACGGGUCAGGCCAUGAGCUGAAUUUCAUGAUGUGGCUUUUGACCCUCUACCAACUGGGCAUGCUUUCGACAACCGAUUUCCCUGCCGUUGUAUUCAAAGUCUACGUCCAGUACCUGCAUCUCAUGCGGGACAUUCAAUCCACAUACUACCUCGAGCCGGCAGGAUCCCACGGUGUCUGGGGAUUGGACGACUACCACUUCCUCCCUUUCCUGUUCGGUGCCAGCCAGCUGGUAGAACACCCAUACAUCACGCCACUGGGUAUUCACAACACGGCCAUGUUGGAUGAGGAAGGUGACAAGUUCAUCUACCUGGAUCAGGUCCGAUGGGUGGACAGCGUCAAGACCGUCAAGGGUCUCCGCUGGCACAGUCCCAUGCUAGAUGAUAUCUCCGGUGCCAAGAACUGGUUCAAGGUGGAGAGCGGUAUGAAAAAGAUGUUUGUCAAGGAGGUCCUCGGCAAGCUCCCCAUCAUGCAGCACUUCCUGUUUGGAAGCUUGUUGCCUGCUGCUGAAGGUAUGGGCGAGCUUUCCGAGGGUGGCGAUGAGGAUGGACAUGAAGAUGGCCAGUGUCAUGACCAUCCCCAUGGCCAUACUACUACUGAUUACUUUGGUGAUUGCUGCGGCAUCAAGGUCCCCAGUACUAUCGCCGCUGGCGCAGAGAUGCGUAAGCGGAUGGGUGGGUCGAACCUGCGCCCAAUUCCCUUUGAUUAA